AUCGCGAAAAUUGUUUUGUUUUUUCUACCGCCAAGUAUUUUGCCGCAUCACUAUAUGUAUCUCGCUAAACAGGAUUUCUAAUAUCUCUUAUUAUGAGGACUUUAAAUAAUGACGCGAAAUAAACAUGAUCUCAUAAAACACUAGUCGUAACGUUAAUGGUUAAAUCGUUAAGCCUAUAGAAUUCAAUGAGUCUUUCGUAAUCGCGUUGUAACUCGAUUAGAUGCAACUACUGCGUGGGUCUGUCAAGACUUUUUUAUGUAUAUAUAUACAGUGAAAAGUGAGCGGAGGCCCUUCUUCAUGUGUGUCCGAAAAUCCACCAUGUAAUUUUUUACAUUUUUUUAAUUUCGUGUGCUGCAUACUCUAUUAGUGACUUGCCAAAAGACGGGGUGCUUCGCCAAAUGUUUUCCCUGUUCUAAUCAUGUACCAUAUAAUUUGAAAGAUACUUUUUUAAUACGAAAAUGGCAACUGUUAAAGUUACCGAACAAAAGGUUAUUUUGUGCGGCGAAUACGGUGUCGGAAAAACGUCAAUUUUCAGACGUUUCGCCAAUAAUACUUUCAUCGCUAACAGCGACAGAAAAUCAACUCUUGGACUUGACAACAUUGACAAGGAAUAUGUCGUCGAUGACAAGCGAAUUCGCUUACAAUUAUGGGACACCGGGGGUAUGGAAAGAGUAGCAUCUGUAACAUCGAGUUACUACAAAUUUGCUGAAGCAGCUAUUUUAGUAUUUGCACUUGACAAUUCUACAUCCUUUCAUCUACUGUCUCAGCAUCUUUUGGACAUUGUGACGUACGCUGAGAACGCAAAGAUAUUUCUUUGUGGCAAUAAAAGCGAUGCUGAUAAUAACACACCUCAAGUAACAGAUGCAGAAAUGGAACAAUUCUGUGAACAAUGCCAUAAUCUAAUAUCAGCAACAUACAAAACUUCGUGCAAAACUGGUGAAGGAAUAAAUGAAAUGUUUGAAGACAUUGCCCAGCAUUUGGUAGAAGCGAAUAGAUCAAGAAUGGGACUGCAUGAUAUGGACGAAGAACGUUUCAAGAUAUCCUACAUUGACGAAGCAGCGGAUCCAGCAUGUAUGUGCUGAAAUUGGAGCAGCUCACUAUUGUGACCAACAGUUUUUGGAAUUUUAUAUUUAUCGAUGGAAGGAGAGAAAUAAUCAACAAAGAACCGAAUUUUCAUGAAUGAUUUAUUCUUACAAAGAUGGAAUAUGUCUUCUUUAACUGAAAAGCUAAGCAGCAAUGUCGAUCUCAUCGUUGAUCGUCUAAAAUAUACUUUGUAGUUUGCAACAACAGUUGAAAAACCAUUGAACUACAAAUUUUCCGCAAAUUUGAUCUCGUAGAAAAAAACGAAUACACCCUAGUGUUGAGUCCAUUUGAUCGUUUUAAUGUCGAUUCCAUCCUCGACCAUCUCCCAGAGAGGACUAUGACAGAAAAAUAAUCAUUUUUUUAUAUGUCUUGAGGAUUUUGAAGUUCAGAGUUCCUGCGCAUUGACAAAACUCUAUUUAGCUUUCUACGACUCCUCGACUGUACAAUUUUCUUACCUCAUUUCACGAAGACGUUUUACAUGAUGAAUUGUAUUUCGGGCUGUGUAAUCGAUUUCUUCGAGUGUCGUAAAACGUCCGAUUCCAAAUCUGCGAUAGAUUAAUUGAUAUUCGAUGUAAUAUUUUUGUUCCCAAAGGAUUGUUUACGUUCUGAAUAAUAUUGCUACGAUAAUUUUUAUAUGCUGUCUAUUCUUGUCGAAUUGAAUACCGCUUUAAAUGGUAAAAAUGAAAUUUAUCGAUUACUAAUUUUGCACUAAAAAUUGUAAUUAAUAUUGCGUAGGAAAAACGUUUCUGAAUCAUGUCUAGGUAUUUUUAUUUUCAAGCUGAAUCGUUCGAACUCGACUUCAAAUUGCCAUAAUAAAAAAAAAAAAACUUCCUAA